CUUUUCUCUCAUGAAAUUACGACUCUUCGUCGUGGUUCUACUAUUCUUGGCAACAUCAGCUGCUGCACAAGAAAAACCAGAAGACGAUGUAAAUCCUGAAGAUGUGGAUGAUGUGAGACCUCCAAUUGAUGAAAACGAAAAUGAAAAAGAAGGAAAAUCAUCUGAAAAAAGCACAACACCUCCAACUUUGACACUUCUCAGUUCAACAGCAAAUCUCACAAUUGCACCAGAUCAAGUAGCUCCGAUUCCAGUUGCUACAAAUGCAACAAUUAUUGAGUCGAAAACUGAAAACGAGAAGAAAGAAGAAUUACUGACUGGAAAAGAAGAAACACCUCCAGCAAAAACUGAUGUGAUUCAAGAAGCAACGACUGUUGUUGUAGAAACAAUUGCCCCUUUUGCACAGAAAGCACCAAAAGAAGUAGAAGAUGCGAAAGAAGAGGAAAAAGAAAAUGCAGCUCCAGAAUUUGAACCAAAACAAGAAGUGGAAGGUGGAAAAGGGGAAGAAGAUCCAGAUGCGAACGUUGACAAACCAGCUGUGGUAGAUCCUCCAAAAGAUGAAGCUGAUGGUGCAGCCAAAGAGGAUCGAGAGACUCCUGCAGUUGGAGCAGAAGGAUUACAUGAAGCAGUUGAAGAAGCCAGAGGAAAUCCCGCUCCAGGUGUACCUGUUGCUGAGAAAAAGAAAGAUUCAGCUGAUGAGGAGCAGACACUGGAAGCUGGUCCCGUCGCUCGACCACAUAGGCAUGAUUCAUCUAACGAAUUCCAAUCAUUUCCACGUAUUCGUGGAGCCGAGGAAGAUGGAACAGGAUUCAUGUCAUUUUUCUUUGUCGCCUCUUUCCUGAUCGUCGCCAUCUACCUAUUACAGCAUAAUAAGAAAAAGAUUCUCGGUCUGAUGUUCGAAGGUCGAACCGGAAGAGCUGGAUCUCGUAGAAGUAGUGGCGGAAAUGUUCGAUAUCGUCGGCUAAGCCAAAAUGAAGCCGGAAACUGAUAAUAUAUUUUUAAUUUGUCAUUAAUCUUGUUGAAUAAUCUACUGGUAUAUAGCCCCCCCCCCCCAAUCUUACAUUUCGUGUGCAUUUUAAACAUUUUCGUCAGAUAUAGCUUUAUAUUUUGUUCCCUUUCCCAAACACCCUUUGCCUUUUCUCCGUUCACUUUUGUAUGAUUGUUAAUCCCUAUACGGUUUGCAACUUUUUUGUGCCUUUCUCGCGUCUCAAGUAUUAAAUAGUAAUUGGAUGUAUUCUUGUUGAACCGUCGCUUGUUUCAGAUAAAAAAUAAUUAAAACCG